UUGUCUUUUUAUCAUGACCGUUAGACCCUUGCUCUUUCACUAGAGAGGCGGUGCUGUUGUAGACACAUAAAAACUACAGAAAAAUCCUCACAACUUUUCUAUCAUUUUUGUGAAAAAAUUAAUAGGCAUCUGCAUGGCUGGAAAAGUUCUAAUAAUUUGGCUCCUGUGGGCAUGUGUGAAUGUGUGUGAGUGUGAGCCGGCUAUGUUUGGGGAGGUGUCUUCUCCACAGUACCCUCAGCCAUAUCCAGCGGAUAUCCUGGAGCAAUGGGACCUGGAGGUGCCACAGGGGUAUCAGAUCCAGCUGACAUUCAGUCACCUGGACAUUGAGCCCUCUCCAAACUGUUGCCAAGAUUCUCUGAUUUUAGUGUCCGAUAAGAAGGUUUUGGGGAAGUUUUGUGGCCAGAAUUCCACAGACAGAUUUCACCCUGGUCAAAAGCCCAUUAUGGUGUCUAGUAACCAUCUCCAGCUUUUUUUUGUUACUGAUGAUUCAAACCCCAAAUCACACAUGGGAUUUAAUGCAUCCUACAAGGCUGUUGCUGCUGGAUGUGGAGAUCCAAAACCCCUACUGAAUGGAGGUGUUCGGUUUAUCAGUGGAUCAAACAAUGAGUAUCAUUCAGUCAUCGAAUAUUACUGCAAUAAGCCAUACUACACAUUUGAAGGAACUCCUAAUGUAACAUACACCUGUACAGAAGACCAGAGAUGGACAGCAGAUGACAGUAAUGACAAUAUUCCUCCUUGCGUUCCUGAGUGUGGAAUGAAUAAAGAUGCUGCUUUUGGUGGUAGAGUCUUUGGUGGGAAGCCAGCAGCAAUUGAGCAGAUUCCCUGGCAGCUCUUUCAUAAGAAAAGUCCCAGAGGUGGUGCAUCUUUAAUCAGUGAUUUCUGGGCUGUAACAGCAGCUCACGUAGUGGAUGGAUAUGAAACAACCACCAUGAGUUGGUUAGGGGGAAUAAUUGAUGCUACAAGCAAAAACCCAGUCAUUAUGGAGACUGAGAAAAUAAUAAUUCACCCAAAGUAUCAGAAAGUUGGUGGAGGUUCUCAGUCUAACUAUGAUCAUGAUAUUGCACUCAUCAAAAUGUCUGAAAGGGUGCCUCUAGGUCCAAACAUCAGGCCAGUGUGUCUGCCAAAGAAAACAGAUGAAUCUGAGGGAGAAGCCACAGUCUCAGGUUUUGGAAGAUAUAAAGAUGAAAAAGCUAGUAGAUAUCUGCUUUAUGGACACAUCCAGAUAUACCCACUUAAUGAAUGUGAUUCAGUGGGUUUGCCUGUCACCAAUAACAUGAUCUGUGCUGGAGGAGACGAAGUAGACAGUUGUCAAGGAGAUACUGGAGGUCCUUUGUUUUCUCCUGUUCUGGGCGAUGGGUCUCCAGACAAGCCUUAUCGUCUUACAGGCAUUGUAUCAUGGGGUCUUCCUGGAUGUGGGAAUAAAAGCUUUAAGGGCUUCUAUACUAAAGUCCAAAACUACCUGGACUGGAUCAAGGAAACCAUGGAAAAAAACUAACAUCAGUGCACUAAAAUGAUAUUCACCUACACCCGUUGUUAAAUGUAUGACACAUCAAUAAAUUUACUCUCUGCUGUA